CCCUGGAUUACUUUCACAAGAGUUGCAACAGGAAGAUGGACGUUUUUACGGACUGGGUGCAAACAUGUACAGUCCCGGGAGGGAGGAGAGGAAGGAGGGGACAGAGUGACGUAAGAAUCUUAAUAAGAAGCAUAAUGUCCGUCCUGGUUGGAAGAGCAGCAGCAGCUGCUGCGCAGAUCACUCGCAUCGCCAGACACACCUGGUAGCCCUCCUUCGUGUCUGCACUCAGUCUGGAGCAAAGCACGCGCUAUGAGGGUCCGGCUGAGAACCGCGACACGGAGCAGUCUGAACUAGCUCUCCUGGAGAGACAACAUGGGAAUGGCGAGUGAGGACCUGCUCGCGACACUCCAGAUACUGCCCGGUUUCUUUUCCAACUGUCUCUUCCUGGCCCUGUACGACUCUGUGGUCCUCGUGAAGCGCGCCGUGUCGCGGCUCAGCUGCUCCCGGUCCGCAGGCUCCGGAGAGUGGCGCCGUAUGUUGACCUCAGCUGGGCUGCGCGCCAUCUGGAAAGGCUUCCUUCUGGACGCCUACAAACAGGUGAAACUUGGCCUCGAGGCACCCAACUCCAAAGUGGUGAAGGUGCCUGACAGCCCUCGAUGGAGCAGCAAUCUCAGUAGUCUGACCAAUGUGCCACCUGGUGCCAUGACCGCAAAUGAAGAUGAAUGCCACCUUCUAGAUUUUGUGAUGUCAGAUCGCCCUCUGGUGGUCAACUUUGGCUCAGCCACUUGACCCCCCUUUGUCAGCCAUCUGCCAGCUUUCCGGCAGUUGGUGGAGGACUUCAGCGAUGUGGCUGAUUUCCUGUUGGUGUACAUUGACGAGGCUCACCCGUCUGACGGCUGGGUGGCACCUUCUGUGGACUCUUGCGCCUUUGAUGUUCCCAAACACCAGAACCUGGAAGAGAGGUUGGGAGCGGCACGCAAACUCACUGAGCAAUUUUCCCUACCGCCGCAGUGUCAGCUGGUGGCAGACUGCAUGGACAACAAUGCUAAUGUUGCUUAUGGUGUGUCCAAUGAACGGGUGUGUAUAGUAAAACAGAGGAAGAUUGCCUACCUGGGUGGGAAGGGGCCCUUUUUUUACAAUCUGAAGGAUGUGCAGCAGUGGCUGGAACAGAGCUACGGAAAGCAGUUAUCAAGGAUGUACACAGAGAAGGACAAGUCCCAUAUUUCAAUUAGGAAAUAAUCGAUCAUUCAGUUUUGUGUAAUAUGCAAAGGCCCACAUUAAGUCAUGAAAUCUAUUAGUGUCAUUUUCUUUGUUAGCCAGGACGAAAACAAUGACAAUUCGGAUCAUAUUUUGUGGUGGACACACAAAUCAUGCAUGCGCAUGACGAGGCAUCAGAGAGAGCUAUCUAGCAAAUUUUUCAAAGACCACCUAUGGACCACUUAUGGUGGGCUGGUGUGGACGUGGAUGGGUCAAACAAACACAGGUCUUUCAACCACAAGACCGUUGUUUAAUGCCACAGUGUCGUCAUAAACUCCAAAACAUAACGAUUUUUCUUUUUCUUUUUCCGAAACCUAACUUUUGUUUUGAAACGUUAUUCCUGAAAAAUCGUUGUUCCAAGCAGCAUGGAAACAUAAUGCUGUGGCCUGUAACUCAUAACCAAUCAAUUCCAUUUUGUGACCCACAGUUGUAACAAGGCAGCACAGUGAGAUGGAGGCAAGGGUGUAUGAACUCCAUCUGUAUGUAUGCCCAUUUCUGCUGCUGAAAUAAUAAGUGAUUUUCAUAGAAAUAAGAAAGUUCCCAGUUUUUAAAUGUUUGUAACAUGUCUUUUUUUGUUAAUAUCCCAUAAUCUUUUCACUGUGGUCAUGUUUUUAGUCAUUUCAAUAACUUAAUUUUAUGUGUAAUGUUAUUUCUCUAUGGAUACAUGUUGUUUCAUACACUCACUGACCUUUUGCUCAUGUCUUUAACGCCUUGGAAGUGUUUGUUUACACUAUUGAAUCAAAGUAGAUAUGUGUUUAACACAACAGAUGCAAAGAAAGAACCUCAUGUAAAAAAUCAUCAAAUGGUUUCAAUGUGAUCCAAGUAGCUAUCAGACCCUUCAGCAUGAGGCUUCCACCGCCAUCAUAGUGAGAAUAGUAUUUGUAUGAUUAUGUGCAGCGUUUGGCUCAUGGGUUUUUUCUAAUAGACAAAAAGCGAUGUUUUCGUCUCCCACUGUAGCCCAGAUGUCUUUUUACCACUCUCCCAUCAGCUGCAUGUAGCCAGGAUAAUGACGGCGUCAGAAAAGCCCUAUUUAAGCUACUCUAGUGUACUUUUGCCCUGGGUUUUGCCCUGCAAGCCUGAAAGAAAUACCUGUAGUCACUACUCAGGGUGAAAACGCCCUGUACCUUUUACCCCUGUGUAGGGAAGAUGGUCUGCAUUAAAAACUCAUCAAUAGUGCUGAAACAAUAUCGUCAGCACGACAAUUGUAUCUGGCUUUAUAUCCCUAAGAUAACAAUUUGGCAAUUAGUGUUAAAUACAUUUUGUGGACUCACUAGUCUCUCAACAGGAGUUUCUACAAGGAUUUCAGGGUUUUCAAGGACACAUUUCAAAAUUUUUCGAAAAACAGAAACCUGGUCUGAGAGUCACUUUAAUUAGAUUUGAUCCAAAAGUGGGUUGGCAAGCCUUAAUAGAAAGAGAAUACCAGGCCUGUGCUGUUUUAUAACACAUAUUCCAUAUCAAAUUAUAUUCACAUGUGUUUUAUGUUGUGAAACCAAAACAUUACAACUCAAGUUCAAUGCUUCGGAUUUUAAUGGUAUGAAACCAUGAAAUGUUACAAUGUUCGUCACGUCAGAGAAUGUUGAAAGUCAGUCAGUGUGUGUGUGUGGUGAAGAUGGGCAUAACCAUGAUCAUCAUCAUGCUGAAAUGAUAACCCCAUCCCAAACGCAGAUGGUUUGUUCUUGUCAGUGACAAAGGUGUUUUAAUGAAAACCUUUGACGAAAGAGUCCCAGACUCAGUCUCUGGUUGGAUAGUGCACUGCACCUGGUCAACAUUACGCAGAACUAUUGCAUCUGUUUUUAAAUGUCAAUCAGUAUAGACAACUCUGUUUUACAUGUAAUCCACUGCACUUUUAUUGCCACUUAGGGAAAUGUUUAUUUUUUUAACGUGUCAAAGAAGAUAAAUAAAUGGGAAUGUUUGCUGUUGAAA